AUGCCAUCACGUUUUUGGUUAUGCGCUGUUCUUUUGUUCUACGUAGUGCUGUGCCUUCGGAGCGGAAGCUUUCUGUGUAUCCAUACCUCUGUCAGAAUUGAUGUGAGGUGUCACCGAAGGAAGCCAAUUAGACACCUAGUUUUGGUGAUUUCUCCUCCUCAUAUCCCACCCCCGACUCUUGGAUCGAGCAUCGUAUCAAAUACCUCGCAAUCGGACGAACGAAGAUCGCCUUUCUAUACCCGUAACAUUCUCCGAUCCCCACUACCGAUACUCGUGCCCUCCCCGCCCCGCGGUGUCGCAACUGAUCCCGACUUCGAGAUCCGACGUUUCGCGGAGAAACUCAUCAAGAGGGCUUCUUUUGCUUACCCCACGACCGGCGCAUUCUUACCACGUAUGAUGGCAACAGAGGCUGCCGUUGAUAAAGCUGCCGAUGCCACUGCCUCUCAGUCCCAGCCUUCGCCCGACGCCGAAAAUGUCGACUCCGUCCGCUCGAAUUUGAAUGGCAGUGCCGGCAACGAUGACUACGAAAACAAGCACAUUACAAGCGUCGAAGAUCAACUCACCUCCGCCGAUGCUAGUGCCAGCGGAGGUUCAGAUACAGAGGCAUCACGCGCAGAUGCUUCAAAGACGAAGGAUGGAGAGAAAGUUCAUGGCCGCGCAGGCUCCACAGUCAAGAAGCCUGCCUUCAAGGCUGUCUCGGUCAAUAAAACAUUCCUCGCAGCAAAGGCGACUGCCAACAGUGCUGCGACCAAGGCCGCCGAGAAACAGCCUGCCGGUUCCAGUACGCCCCCGACGACAUCGGCAACCUUAUCCUCUUCAAGACCUCGCCUUAUAGCAAAGACCGGUAGCAGCACUCGCGAUUCAUCGCCUCGAUUUUCUGGUGGUGUGAAUGGGGGAAAGCCCGGUAGUGCACCUGAUGCAAAUGCAGUUUGGAACAAAAACCGACCUGUGCCGCCGCCUGAACCCAAAAAGUUCACCGAUGAGGAGCUCAAGAAGUAUGGAAUCCACAUGGCCAGUCGUUUGAACGAAGAUGAUGCACAGGGGCAAAACAAAUGGGCAGACAUCGACGACGACGAUGAAGACUGGGCCCCUGAAGCUAUUACUUGGGGAGAUGGCACGAAGACGACGCUCCCUCACCCAGACGAGCAUCCACCACCGCCAUCAGACAGUGGUUCUGUUGCGUCCAAGGGCAAACCCCUCGAUAAACCACGGUCUCCAGCUCCACCUGUUGCUGUGAGCUCCCCCCUGACGAAGUCGAGUAAUCUGGCCCAGGGCAAGGGUUUGAUUUUGAAGAGUGGCUCCCAGGAAAAACCAACUCUUGUUGCCAAACCUCCAGCUCCCCCGGCACCUGUCAAGUCCCCGUGGGCGCCUCUACCUCCGGUCGAGAAGGCUUCACCUAUUCCAGAACAGGCCAGUCUUGCUAGACCGUCACAUAAUAAGGGCAUGACUCCGCCGCCUCCAAAAGAAUUUGCAGCGGAUGAUUUCAAUCGUUGGAGAGACAGUUCAUCUCACGGAGGCCGGGAAUUGUUUAACUCCCAUUCUGGCCGCUACGAACCUGUACACGACAAUCGACGUGGUUCGAUGAGAAUGGAACAGCAUCCAAGGCAUCAUCCUUCCCUAUUACAGCGACCACCCCAACCGGAUUAUCCAGCUGAACCCUCGGGUGCUUUCCAGACCAAUAGAGUUUCUCAGGAACCUCCUUUCGCUAGAAGACGGGGAUCAUCUAAUGUUAGUGGCGGAAGUGGCUCAUUUAUGCAGCGUAUGAAUAAGGGAGGUGAAGUGCCCCUGGCCCCUCACGAAUUACAGGAAGGCCGUAGACCGUCUUUCGUUGGUUCCGUUGAUGGCCUCGUCUCCCCCAAUCUUUCAGCCUCGGCGCAUGGCCCACCAAGGGGGCAACAUCAUUCUAGCUGGAUGCCUCCUCGAGGUUCUCCAAAUCCUGCCUUUGCGCAACCACACCACCCUGCACCUCUUCCUGAGCAAGUUGCCGGUCCACCCCCUCCCCUUCAACCUGCUAGCGAAGAGGUCGAAUAUCAGAAGAAGCUCAUGCGAGAACGUGUCGAGUUAGCUAGGAAACGACGCCAAGAAGAAGAAGCCCGUGAGGAAGCUGAACGUCGGGAGCGCAUUCAGAAAAAGUUGGAUGCUAUGGGGCCUGCGCCAGAGAAGAAGACCGAGAAGAAGGAGCUCGCAGAGAAGUCUGACGAUGCUUCACACCCAACACAUAUUCAACAACGUGACCAUAGUAGCGUGGCAAACCAAACUCCUACACAAUUGCAGCAGGAUGGUGACCACUCUGCAACAGCUUCGUCAGCUCGACAGCAACCUCAAGAUUCUGAUGCUAAAGUUGGACACACUCAGGGCACAGCGCCAGCGGCGAGGCGUGUAUCUCACAGCCAAGAAGCCAAGCCUAGUGAGCUUUGGGGGGCAGCUGCAGCAUCACGCCAGGACAGAGCUGUGUCAAAUUGGGGUACAGGUUCGCAGCCCCGAAGUAAUGUUUGGGGGUCACCUAAUAACGAUCGAGGCCUCGGUAACGGCACAUUCAACACCGAUAUCGGUCGUGCACCUCUGGAUAAUCGCCCUGGUUCUCAAGGAAACAAGGGGCCAUCACCUAUCGCCCCUCCCAAUAAUCCACGACAACCUUCUCAAGCCCGACCUCAACCUCCAGCCCCAAUCGGUUCUGGACCUUCACGAUACAGCUCCUCUGGUCCUCAUCCUCCGGCAGGAUCUGAUGUGGCAAGCAAGUGGAUUACUGCCGUCGGUGAAAAAGAUAAACAACUGAGCGCUAGCCGAUUAGCAGAGCGGGUUGAGCGCGAUCGCCUACUCGCUGAACGUGGUGUUAGUCUUGAGGAUGCCCAACCGGUCAUCAAAGAUACAUGGCGCCAGGUUCAUGCUCCUGGUGAUGGUACAAGACGCGCUAUUGGUCCUCAAGAAGCACAGCCAGCUGGCCCCUGGAGGAGCCCUGGUGAUGAUGCAAAGGAGGAUCCUAAUAACGUUGGAGUGGUGGGAGGCGGAGUGCCAGGCCAGGCCGGAGCUUCACAGAACCGCGCAUCUCGAUUCUUCCCUACGAGAGACUCGCAUGAUAGAAUCAACGAAAAUGAGCCAUCGCGAUCCAAAUCGCCAACCCCCCCGCCACCCACGAUGGAAGGCCACCCAGCUUACGAGGGUGAUUUCGGCUGGGCGCACCCACCAUCCUUCAAGGAUGUCGCUCGGGGCCCUGUGAGCCCUAAUCGUGCACCAUUGACGGCCGGGGAGUCUUCUCAAGAGAAGUGGCAGAACCGAAUUAACAGUUUGCUUGGUAAUAGUUCAAGAUCUCCACCCCAAAGGUCAAUUGGCGUCGACCCUGCAAGCAAGAGUGCUCUGGACCAUGUUGCUCACCACGACUCAGCCACGGUUUCUCUACCUAGGAACAAUGUUUCAGCUCCCGCCCGUUUUGACAAGAGCCUUUUGUCACCAGUCACCAAACCCAUGGCCGAGGAAUGUUUUGAAGAGCAAGAGAUGGGGUCCUUACCUCAAAUUCGACUACCACACAAGGCCCCCGAAGCCGCUUGGCAGCCGGCAUUAGCACCAAACAAGCCUCUGCCGAAGAAAUUUGCAGUUCAGCCAACUGUUAUGGAACCAUACUACUUCUCUGCCGACGUUGUUGGCGGCGGCAAUGUUAUGAGAAUCAUGUUUCCUAAUAUGCAAGAAGCCAGAACUGUCACUAUUCCUUUCUCAGCAACUCGAGGUGGUCGAGGUUCGCAAGGACGAGGUGGUCCCAGAAACCGGGGCUCUGGCUAUGAACGUCGAGGAGGCAAGCGAGAUGUGUCGAGCUCCCGAGGAGAGCAUCCCCCAACAAGCUCAGGUCGAGGAGGCCGUGGUAGCUACCGCGGUCGAGGUUCUGACUGGGGUCGCGCCCCAAGUAAUCCUGCUUCUUUGGCUGCUUAG